AUGGCUUCAGCCUCGGUCAUCAAACAAGCUGCUGUGCCUGGUUUACACACCGCACCGACUCUGGCCGAUCUGAAGCAGUCAUCCACCUUGUACAAUCAGCUUCCAUCCGACGAAGCACAGCCUCCGCUUCUUCUCAAUCAUUCCCAGGAAAUUCGCAAAAUUCUGACACGCUACAACGUCCAAGACAAGUUCGGCAUCCAUCUCAUCCAUGGGCAUUUUGAAAUUCCGAGCGAUCAGGUGAUGCUGGGUCAUUAUUUUGAGAGCCCCGCGGGAUGCUGGACAAAGCCCGUCCCCAUUGAAGAUGUUGACACAUCUAAUAUCCACGGUCAUACUUUCAAGCUGUCUCUGGACGGGAUACUGGUUGCUUAUGAGUACCGGGAAGGCCCGCCGAUCAAUGUUAGCGAAAUUGAUCCGUCUUUCUUUGAGGAUAUCUUCAGGUACCUCCUUGAACAUAACCUGACAGACAUAUUCGGGCUGCAAGCAUUACACCACGGGCCAUCUUCGCCAUGA